AUAUUCCCCCUGGGCAUGAAUUAUUCAAAAUUUCGAAACAGAAAAACCCCACUCCCAAAACAGACCUCUUGACCUCCUCUCACUCCAUCUCAUCUCAUGGCCUCCAACUCCGGGAAACCCAAACCUCCUUUCCUGUGGAAGUUUCCACCUAACCACGACGACGACGAAUCGCAAGAUCCCAGCUGCUGUCAUCUACUACCUCUAACCCAGAUUAGCACCAACAUCCCACCAAUUCUCACUAACCCUAGCUGCUCGCAGUCUUCCAAAAAACCCCUGGAUUCCACCAUUCAUGGCUCAUCAACGACACCCAAAGUGAAAGCCUCUAUCAGUGGCAAGGAAAACCCUGGAUUUAACUCAAAAACCCAUUUCACCCCAUUGUUAGCCAAACCAUCUAUCAUCUACUCACCCAAAGAUUCCGCCGCACGUGCUUCGAAUGAUGAGGAUUAUGGAUUCGCAGCAGCAUACGCUGAUUGCGGCUUAGAUUCGAUAGAGUCGACCGUAGAGGAUAUUGUCUCUCCUCCUGAUACAACUACUACUUCCAAGUGUUUUUCCGAGGGAAAGGGAUUGGAUCAGAGAGGGGUUUGUUAUCCGUCUAAUUCUUUGGAGUCCAGGUUACUGAAGUCGAUAGUCCGUGAUUCUUUUAGUAAUGAUGAAGAAACUGGUGAAGAGUCGGAAGAGGAGCAUUGCACACAGCUUGAUGUGUUACUCAAGUUAUGUUCUGAGAAAGCAGACGACGAUAGAUCAAACAGAAGUGAAGAUUUUUCUGCUGCGUGUGUUCGCCAACACUGCGGUGUCGGUGAUAGUCUAGUGCAUUGCCCGCUUUGUGGGGCUGACAUAUCUUGUUUGAGUGAUGAGUUACGACAGGUUCAUACUAAUGACUGCCUUGACAAGGAGGAGGCUCCCGAUGUGGUUCGUGCCAAUAAUGAUGUACAACCUCAUUGCCAUGGGCAAGUUGUUAAUAAAUCUCCUAUUAAAGCUUGUCGGCAAAACACCGAUGUGCACCCUGUUCUAGAAUGGCUACGCAAUCUGGGACUUGCUAGAUACGAGGAGAUUUUCGUUCAGGAAGAAAUUGAUUGGGACACUUUACAGUGGUUGACAGAAGAGGAUCUCUUCAGCAUGGGUGUUACUGCACUUGGUCCUCGGAAAAAGAUUGUUCAUGCUCUCAGUGAACUUAGGAAACAAAGUACCAACACAGCAGAGAUAAGAACUGAUGCCUGUAGAGAUGCAAUUGAUGAGACUAGUAGACCAGCUGUGAACAAGUUGAUUACCGAUUUUUUUCCUGGUUCUGUUGGUCACAGGAGAAAGGAUUGCACUUCUUCUAGCGAACGACGUGAGGUUGAAAGAAGUCCCUCAAAUGCUGGGCGUAAGCAUAAAGUCGUUAAAAAAAAUAUCAUGCAUAAGAAACUAAGGGACAUUCCCCAGUGGUGCCAAGUACCAGGAACUCCAUUUCGAGUGGAUGCAUUCAAAUAUCUUAGAAGAGAUUGUUCGCAUUGGUUUCUCACUCACUUUCAUAUAGACCAUUAUCAAGGUCUCUCUAGGUCUUUUUCUCAUGGGAAGAUUUAUUGCUCACUUAUCACAGCAAGGCUAGUAAAUAUGAAAAUUGGGAUUCCCUGGGACAAAUUAGAAGUUUUACCAAUCAACCAGAAGAUCAGUAUUUCUGGCAUUGAUGUGACAUGCUUUGAUGCAAACCACUGCCCAGGUUCCAUACUCAUACUAUUUGAAUCACCCAGUGGCAAGGCUGUUUUACACACGGGAGAUUUUCGGUUCUGUGAGAACAUGACAAAGAUCUCUGUUCUGCAGACUAGUCGUGUCCAAACCCUCAUACUUGAUACUACCUACUGUAACCCCCAGUACGACUUCCCAAAGCAGGAGGAUGUAAUUCAGUUCGUCAUUGAGGCUAUCGAAGCUGAAGCUUUCAACCCCGAAACUCUUUUCUUGAUUGGUAGCUACACUGUUGGAAAGGAAAGGCUGUUUCUAGAGGUGGCUCGUGUUCUCCGUAAAAAAGUCUACGUCCCUGCAGCUAAGCUACGUCUAUUGGAAUGCUUGGGGCUUUCUGUCGAAGAUAUGCGGUGGUUCACAUUAAAUGAAGAGGAGAGCCACAUUCAUGUUGUGCCUAUGUGGACACUAGCGAGCUUCAAAAGAUUGAAAUGCAUAUCUAGUCAGUAUGCGCGUCGGUUCAGUCUUAUAGUUGCUUUCUCCCCAACUGGUUGGACAUUCGGCAAAGGAAAGAAGAAGUCUUCAGGAAGAAGGUGGCAGCAGGGUACCAUUGUUAGGUAUGAAGUUCCAUACAGUGAGCAUUGCAGUUUUACUGAACUCAAAGAGUUUGUGAAAUUUAUAUCUCCUGAAAACAUUGUACCAAGUGUAAACAAUGAUGGGCCGGAAUCUGCCAAUGCGAUGGUUUCCCUACUAUUGUCCUGAUGUGUACUGUUAGGCUACUGAUGGGAGGUUAUCGAAGCCAAGACCAAAUUAGAAAGCUUCUGUCUGAGGAAAAAUCCACGUCGACGUAUUGUACACAUGAAAUGUACCACACUACAAUAGAUGUAUUUCUGUAGCAUUGGCUAUGAAUUUUUGCGGCGUAUGAACUAGUGCAUACCAAAUAAAGUUGAGUUAUACAUUCUUGUGGUUGUUUGUUA